GGGCUUCUAUCAAAAGCCAAAGGUGAUGUGUACAUUCAGGAUCAAGAAGUCUAACGAAAAUGGAUCGUGCCAUUGAAGCAGAAAUCGAUUGGACCCACUUGAAAUUGAGCGCCGAGCUGCAAAUCUUAAACUUUGGUCCAUGGACCGUGAUCACUCGUCGCACAAUAGACCUAAACCCCUUCGACCACAAACCAUGCAUUUCUAUGAUGGUUUUUCUCAACGAGAAGUCUCAGUUGUACAGCCUUCAUAUUCUCAAUCGAACGUUUCAUGAAGGUCCCAUCGAAGGGUUGGAGCAUGUCAAUGAGAUAGUUCAAGACUUUUUCCAAAAUCAACAUCCUUGCCAUGGCCACUUCAAGAACUUGAAUUCGGCCAAGUCACCGUGCAAUAUUCUAGUUGGAAGGGAAAAUGAAUUAUGCGCCAAUUGUCAGGGAACGAUCGAUGAAUUAAAUAUUAAUGAUGAAACUGAUUUGACGAACCCAGAGCCAGCAGAUUCGAUGAUGCCUCCUCUCAAGAGUUCCACAGCAAACAACACUCUUUUAAACAAUCUGCUCAAGGAAGAACUUUCCGAGACUUUGGCAAUCAACAAUGAACCCUCCGAUGACGAACUCAGCCUCAUUCCAGACAUCCUUGGGUCCACUUCUCUAUUCCAGGAUAUCAUUUCAACCCGGAUUAGCGAUGAGUCCAAUAAUGUCAAUUAUUCUUCCUCCCACAAAGACAAUAACGUCUCUCAGGACAAAAACUCGGACAGUAUCGAAACAUCUCAUCCAGCAUCAGGAAAGCGAAAGAAACUCGUUAAACGAAACGGUGAGGUUCGAUGUUCUCAUUGUGAUGAGGAACUCUGUGGAACCAAAGCUCUACGACGUCAUCUAAGAACCGCUCACGGCUUAUCUCUCGAGGAUAUCUCCGUACUAGCGGGCAAGUACCAAUGCUCAAUAUGUCACAAAGAUUUCUCCAGUGAAUCACGGAGAGAAUGGCACAAUCAGAGAGCCCAUCUCGCGGGGGAUUGGCAAUGUUUGCAUUGUCCUCAAGCUGCCCGAUUCGGGAGUGAAAUUCUGAGGCAUUACAAAACCCAUCACCAACCGAAGCAAUCCCAGAUCAAAUGUCCAUUAUGUGAAGUGGAGCUCUGUUUCAAAACCGGCUUUGACAAAGUGGUAGGGGCCCAUUGGGCCUCGUGCUUGUCCCGUGAAAAGGCUCAAAGGACAAAACUCAAAGGAACCAUUGACACCAAGCACAUGUGUGAAGAAUGUGGGAGAGUGUUUUCCUGCCAGAAGAUCCUGAAAGAACAUCAAGAUAAGCACCGUGGUAUCUAUAGACACAAAUGCAAGGAUUGUAACUUCAAGACCACGAGUUUGGACUUGCUCAAGUCUCAUUGGGGCAAUAUCCAUGCUCUUACGGCCAAGAAGUUCCAGGAGAAGAACUACGUGCCAUGUCAAAUAUGCGGGAAAAUUGUGGUGGAUACUUACCUUCAGAUGCACAUUGAUAACAAGCACUCGGAUCCAGCUUGGCCUUGUGAUCAAUGUGACAAGGGAUUUGGAACAAAGGCCAUCCUUCAGAAGCACAAGGAGUCGAAGCAUUUCAUAAGGACCGUGAAAUGUUGUGAGUGCGGGUUGUUGGUUAAGAGCGUCAGCCUUUGGGGUCACAUGAAGCGCCAUUCACCGCCUAAGUAUUGCUGCCGAUUCUGCGGCAAAGGUCUCAAGACCAAAGUAAGCUUGGCAAAUCAUGAGAGACUCCACACGGGAGAAAACCCUUACAAAUGUGACAGUUGUCCUUUCACCUUCGCCACAAGUGGAAACCUGUUGAGGCACAAGAAAAGCCAACACAACUUGGAAAAAGUCAAUUUCUACAUGCCGGCAGAGGGAUCCGAUGAAUUGUUGACCCCAACCAGCCCAACCAACGACAUGGAUCUCUCCAAAGCCCAUUUGGAUUGGACUCAGUUAGCACUGGGCGACGAUCUUCAAAUUCUGAACUUUGAGCCUUGGACCGUGAUCACCCGUCGAGCUUUGAACUUGGAUUCUCAGGGCCACCAUCCCCUCAUAUCAAUGAUGGUGUUCCUCCAUACCAAAUCCAAUGUGCUCAUCUUCAGUGUCCUCAAUCGGACGUACAAAGAAAGCCAGGUGCAAAAUGUGGAACAAGUAGGUCAAUUGGUUCAAACCUUCUUUCGAGACCGCCAUCCUUGCCUGGGAUUUGGACGGAGUGUGGAUCUGCCUCGAGCCUUUUCCUAUCAAUUCCCUUUUGAUUGUGAGGUCUUGGUAGGGACCAAGGAUAGUCAUUGUGACAAAUGUCGAGAAGAAAUGCGUCUUCUCAACCAAGAGACAGACUACAUCGUGACCAAAGAUGCUUCCGAGAACCACUUGGAUUCGGAGGAAGAAGAAGUUAAGGCUGAGAUUCUUUUAGAUGCCGUAGUGCAAGAUGUGCUAGAGAGCAAAUUAGAGGCAAGGCCUUUGUUUCAAGAGCCUGGUCGAAGAUCAACCCGGACCAGGGCACUCGAUGCCAUGCCCAUCCCAGAUGUAGACUAUUUCUCCGAUGAAGACCGAAAAUGUGAUGACGAUUAUCAGGAUUGGUCGUCUAAUUUCCAUGAAGAUGACGAGGAUGUGCGACCUUUGAAGCCAAAGAGGGCUCGAAAAAUGAGAUCUUUUCCCAAGAAGAUGGCUCAUCUUGACGCUGAUUCAAAAGUCCCAUGUCCGGAGUGUGGAAAAAGAUACAAAAGUGCCGUGACUCUGAAAUCUCAUAUGAAGUAUCACCAAGAACAAGGCUCUCACAUCACGGAUCCGCUGCCCAAAAAGUUGCCGCUUUUGCCUUGCAUUCACUGCAAUGCCCAAUUCAGGAUGCAAAAGAAACUGAUCCAUCAUUUGAAGGAAGAGCACAAUUUGCCUGAUGAUCAGAUUCAAGAAGAAGCUGCCAAACGAAGAUGUUGGAUUUGUCGCGAAACCUUCACCAAUGAAACGGUUCACUAUUCACAUAAGAAAGAAGCCCAUCUCUUGGGCAAAUGGCAGUGCUCAAGGUGUCCAGACGUUUUGCGUCAUGGCCAAGAGCUCCAAGAUCACUACCAAUCAAAGCACGCUAACGACCUAUUCAAGGUGAAUUGUGCCAUGUGUCAAGACGAGCUUAUCUUCAGCGAAGGCUUUCAUGUGGUGGAGGAUCAUUGGAAAUUGUGCCUGGAAAGGAAGCGGGAUAAUUUCAAGAAGCAACAGUAUGAACGACUCAAAAGCAAAGACAAGCACGUUUGUGAUCAAUGUGGGAAGUCUUUCGUUUGUAAGAAGCAUCUGACGGAACACGAGGAUGAGCAUCGAGGGAUUUUUAAGCAUCAAUGCCUGGAAUGUGAUUUCAAGACCGCCAUACGAACCCGACUUACGGACCACUGGAACAACGUCCAUUCCCCGAGAGCCACGGAAUUGAAAAAGAACCAGGCCACUUGUCAUAUCUGUGAGAAGGUCAUGCAUGAGAGCUCGUUGGCCAAUCACAUAGCCAAUGUUCACGGCGAUCCCACUUGGCCUUGCCAGAAAUGUGCCAAGUCCUUUGGAACGAAGCGCUCUUUGCUCCGACAUGAGCGGUUUUCUCAUUUUCAAGAGGCCGUAAAGUGUGAGAUAUGUGGGUUAUCGGUCAAGAAGAACUGUCUGAAAACUCAUAUGAGGGUGACUCACGCUCCUCCCAAGUUCUGCUGCAAGUUCUGCGGGAAAGGUCUCAAAACUCAAUUGAGUCUGGGCAAUCACGAGCGAAUCCAUACUGGAGAGAACCCAUACACGUGUGAUCAAUGUCCAUUUGCUUGUGCUACAAGUGGAAACCUGCUCCUUCAUAAAAAGCGCAAACACAACGUCAAGAAAGUAAACUUUUACACCUCUGGUAGAGGGAAAGUACAAGAACCUGCCAUUUCUCCCAGUAUUCCAAAUAUUAGUCCAGUUGCAUUGUAAUUCAACCCCCACAUUGAAACCCGUGAUCUUUAUUUGUUCACAGUAUUUAGGUUACAUAGAGGGCGCCAAGCUAUCAGGUUUGAAUGCCUGAAAUUCAUCUCGAAAAGCCAGCGCUCACUUGUUGAUACGACCUGAGUUGAUUGAAUUGAUUGUACAAAUCGUGCACUCAAAAAACCUGGGAUUAUGUGAAAGAAAUAUAUUUCACAGAGAGCAAUGCCUAAA